AGUGUCAGUGUAAGAUGUGCAAACACAUCUCGAGUGGGUUUGACAAUGCCAAGAAUUGAGAUUAGAGACAAUAUUCCUUCCACUUAAACCUCCACUCCCUCUCUCUCUCCCCCCACCUCUUGUCUCGUCCCUGUCCUGCAACUUUUUUUCUACUCAAGACAUGAAAUUCAUGUCAUCUCAUUUCACACGUUCCAUAUGGUCUCAAAUCUUCAUCUCUCUUCUUCUAAACUAAGCUAACAAUAUCCAGAAUCACUAAGCCAAUCCCGUCAUCUUUCUUCAUCCCUUUCUCUCCUCUUCUCUACAUCACCCACUUGACCCAUCUUCUUGUCUUCGAUCAAUUUUGUUAAUUGCUUUUUUUUUCACAGUUUCUGUUUAUUUCUUUGGCUUCAAAGUUGCUUUCAUGGCUUCUGAGAUCUCUGGAAGUAAUCAGCAACCCAUUUAUCUUCAUGGUGACUUAGAUUUGUAUAUCAUUCAAGCUCGAACCUUGCCUAACAUGGACAUAUUUCGUAGUUGCUAUGCUGCUUGUACACCCGAGUCCACCACCUCCGCGGCUGCUACAGCCACUACUGACAAAACGACCGGCAAUGAUCAGGACGAGAAAAUUCAUCACCGCCGGAGGAUAGUCAAUAGUGACCCUUAUGUCACUGUCGUUGUUCCUCAAGCUACUGUUGCACGAACUCGUGUCGUUAAGAACGCAAGAAACCCCAAGUGGAAAGAGCGGUUUUAUAUUGCUCUAGCACAUCCCGUAAUUGACCUUGAAUUUCACGUUAAGGAUAAUGCUCUUCUUAGAUCGGAGAAUGUGGGAGUUGUUAAAAUUCCGGCAAGAAGAAUAGCCACUGGGGAAGUCAUCAGUGAUUGGUUUCCUAUAAUUGGUUAUUCCGGUAAGCCACCAAAGCCAGACACUGCACUCCAUCUAGAAAUGAAAUUUACGCCUUGUGAGAAGAAUCCAUUGUACAAGCAUGGCAUCGCCGGCGAUCCUGAACAACGGGGAGUGAGGAAUACUUACUUUCCUUUGAGAAAAGGAAGUAAAUUGACUAUGUAUCAAGAUGCCCAUGUGCUUGAUGAUGAGUUACCUGAGAUUAAAAUUGAUGAUGGGAAGGUUUUUAAGCAACAGAAAUGUUGGGAAGAUAUUUGUUAUGCUAUUUCAGAAGCUCACCAUUUGAUUUACGUUGUGGGUUGGUCUGUGUUUUAUAAGAUCAAGUUGGUUAGAGAACCCACUAGGCCAUUGCCUCGAGGUGGGGAUUUAACACUUGGUGAAUUGCUUAAAUAUAAAUCUGCAGAAGGAGUUAGGGUGUUGUUGCUUGUCUGGGAUGAUGUAACCUCACGUUCUAUAUUUGGUAUUACUACGCCAGGAUUGAUGAAGACGCAUGAUGAAGAUACCAGGAAGUUUUUCAAACAUUCAUCGGUGAUUUGUGUGUUGGCGCCUCGCUAUCCCAGCAGUAAUAUUAGCUUUUUGAAACAAAAGAUUGUUGGGACUGUCUUCACACACCAUCAAAAAUGUGUUCUUGUGGACACACAGGCUGCUGGUAAUAAUAGGAAGAUAACUGCAUUUUUAGGCGGUCUUGAUCUCUGUGAUGGACGGUAUGAUACUCCUGAGCAUCGACUGUUUCGUGACCUUGACACUGUAUUCCAUGGGGAUUUCCAUAAUAUAACAUUUACUGAUCCUCUGAUCAAAACACCGAGACAACCAUGGCACGACUUGCAUUGCAGAAUUGAUGGUCCUGCAGCAUAUGAUGUUCUUAUAAACUUUGAGCAGCGAUGGAAGAAAGAAACAAAGUGGACAAAGUUUGGACUUUUAUUCAGAAAGGUUUUUUGGGAUGAUGAUUCCCUGUUAAAGAUAGAACGUAUGUCAUGGAUAUUAAGUCCUCCCUUCACUAUAAAGGAUGAUAUGACAGUAGUUCCACCUGAUGAUCCCACAGUACAUGUUUCCAGUGAAGAAGAUCCUGAAAACUGGCAUGUACAGGUUUUUCGCUCUAUUGAUAACGGAUCGGUAAAAGGGUUUCCCAAAACUGUUCAUCAAUGUCGGGCUCAGAACCUCAUGACAGCGAAAAAUCAGGUAAUAGAAAGGAGCAUUCAAGCUGCUUACAUCCAGGCAAUAAGAUCUGCUCAGCAUUUCAUAUACAUUGAAAAUCAGUAUUUUCUUGGAUCAUCCUAUGGAUGGCCAUCAUAUGAAAAUGCAGGAGUUGAUAAUCUGAUCCCAAUGGAGUUGGCACUAAAGGUUGCCAGUAAAAUUAGAGCCAAUGAGAGAUUUGCAGUGUAUAUUGUGGUCCCAAUGUGGCCUGAGGGUGUCCCAACAUCUGGCCCCAUGCAAGAAAUUCUAUAUUGGCAGAGCCAGACAAUGCAAAUGAUGUACAAUAUCGUAGCACAGGAAAUUAAAUCAAUGCAACUUGUUGAUUCACAUCCCAAAGAUUACCUCAAUUUCUAUUGCCUUGGAAAACGAGAAGAAAAUACCCAGCAGACUGUGAUAACUGAUGAUGAAAUGGUAUCCGAUUCUCAAAAAUUUCAGCGGUUCACGAUUUAUGUCCAUGCAAAGGGAAUAAUUGUGGAUGAUGAGUAUGCCAUUAUUGGAUCUGCCAAUAUCAACCAGAGAUCCAUGGCUGGUACAAAAGACACUGAGAUAGCAAUGGGUGCAUAUCAACCCCAUCAAACUUGGGCUGCAAAGAAGAAACAUCCACGUGGGCAGAUAUAUGGAUUUAGAAUGUCACUGUGGGCUGAGCAUUUUGGCGAGGUUCAAGGAUUGUUCAUGGAGCCUCAGAGUUUGGACUGUGUGAAGACAGUAAAUAAAAUUGCUGAAGAAAACUGGAAGAGAUACACUGACCCUGAUUUCAAAGUAUUGCAAGGCCAACUUCUCAAUUACCCAGUGCAGGUAGAUGCUGAUGGGAAGGUAGGCGCUUUAUCUGGAUUUGAGAAUUUCCCAGAUGUUGGUGGUAAGGUACUUGGAACUCAUACCAUAAAAGUUCCUGAUAUUUUAACAACAUGAUUUCCUUUCUCAUUGUCUUCAUAAAACAUAAAAGAAAAUUAUUAUUACCUUUCUAUAUUAUGUCAAAAGCAAUCGCUUCGCCUUUUUUAAAAUAUAUUAUUUCAUCCCUAAUAUUUAAUUUCAUCGACUAUUUAGUCUUUCCAUCUACUUUUGAAGUUUUUGCCGUUAAAUGUCUUUGCAAAAGAGGAAAAUAUUAUUAUCUUUUCACAAGGCAAAAGAAGAUAUUUUCAUCUUUUUAAGACAUAUGAUAGAAAAAUUUUAAAAAAAUGAAUGGAAUGACUGUUUGGCUCACGGAAUAAAACAUUGAGAUUGAAGUAGUAUAUUUCUAGCAAAAGCAAAGGCGGAGUGAUUAAUUUUCGCAGAAUAUAAGGAUAUAAUAGUAAUUUUCUAAAAAAAAAAUGAGAAGGAGAGAUGCACAUGUAUUGUUGGAUUUUAUGGUGUGACAGAUGUAAAGAGCUGCACGUAGUAUUUCGUUUUGUAUGCCUAUUAAGUUUCCAAGUCUAGUGUGUGGGUAGAAUUCAUAAACCCAUCUCCGAACUUUCUUAUUUUAAUUUUAUGUCACCUUCAAUUUUUACUUUGAUC